CCCAAGGCCUAUGAAUUGGUCAAGCCGUGGGUGAUGCUUAACUAAUAACUACCAAGCAUGAAUUUGAGGCAGAUCUUGAAAGCCUUGUUAUGCAUGAGCUAAGGGAAAAUGUUGGAUGUUGUUGCUCAGCUGGAAGAAGAACUAGAGUUACAGAGUAGAUAGACCUGACACCUGCGUAUUUAUGUAUUUGCUCAGGUUUGGUUUUAUGGGCUUUGAAUAGUUUGAGUAUGGUUCCUUAAGACUCAUUUGUGUAUUUAUAAGAAUUUGUAUUUAUGUAUUUCACACUUCUUUUAUGUUUUGGUUAAGUAUGUGUUAAGAACCGGUAAAUACCCAAAACCUUAUUGGAUUUGAUUUGGUUUCAUUAUUUUAUAUCCAAACUAUCUAAAAUUACUGAAUUCAUUCCAAAAACAUAAGAAGUAAACCGGACUAUACAGUUAACCGAAAUACUCAAAACAAAUUAAAAUUUUAGUUCAAUUUUACAAAAAGUUUGUUUGCGUUUUUCAAUAAAAAAUCAAAAAAAAAAAAUUCAGUUUUUCUUGGGGGUUUUUGGUUAAAAUAUUUAAUUAUUUUGGAAUUGUAAAUUGAUAUUUUGGUCAUUUUAAAUUUAAAUAACUAAUGUCUUUAGUCGGAAUUGUCUGACUAAAAACAAAACAAAAAAAAGGGGUAAAAACAAAAAACAGAAGUCAUUGAGCGUGGAUACGAUAAAAGCACGGUCAUGCUCCGUGGAUGCGGAACGUUCCCUCCUCUUUCCUCAAUUUUCAGCGCCAACGUCAAAGUUUUGGCGGCCGAUCAAAAAUAUUUUGAAAUUUUGAAGAUUUUAACCCCCAAAAUUAAAAAAAAAAUUCUAAACAUUUCAUUACCAGAGAAAGAAGAAGAAGAAGAAAGAUAGCUCCUCCCCCCAGAUCUUUAUCUUCCUCUCUCUCUCUCUCCAUCUUUGCUUGAUUUGAUUUACUUCACUCUAAUUAGAACCUCAAAAAAAUUACACAGAAGAAAUAGAAUCUGAGGUACUUUUUGGCUGCGGUUUCUGCUAUCUCUCAUCUCAAUCCUAUUCUGCGAAUAAUGGUGAGGAUGGAGAAAGUAGAAUCGUUUUACGGCAAGCUUCGCGAAUCAGCCACUUGCUCGUCUUCCCAGAACCCUCUCCUCAUAUUCCCUUCAUCCUCCGACGUCGAUUCCAUUUGCGCCCUCAAGGUCAUCACUCACAUCCUCGAAUCCGAUUCGGUUCCCUACUCCUGUUUCCCUGUCUCCUCCUUUCUCGAGAUCCACAACUACGCUCCUCCUGCGGAAGGCCCCGUCACCAUACUCUUGAUUAACUGGGGCUGCCACCGUGAUCUGAAGCUUGUGCUCAAGCUAGCUCCCGCUGCUCGUGUCUUUGUGGUGGAUAGUCACCGCCCUAUUCAUUUGCAUAAUCUUAGCGACGAGAAUCAGCAGGUUGUUGUUCUCCACACUGAUGAUGACGAGAGGCAAGCGGAUCUCGCUUACGAUUUCGAUGUCUUGAAAUUGGCCAACGAGAGCUUUCAGAUGCAUCAAGAAAGCGGUGUUGAUGAAUCUGAUGACGAAGAAAGUGAUGAUGAUGACGAAGAGAGUGAUGAUGAUAGGCCAAGUAAGAGGAGGAAAAUGGGUGUGAAGCUUUUCAAGAAGCUGAAGAGGGAUUAUUACAAGAUGGGGACUUUCCACGGGAAGCCAUCUGGGUGCUUGUUGUUCGAGCUCUCUCACUUGUUGAGGAAGAACACCAACGAGUUGCUCUGGCUCGCUUGCGUUUCCUUGACUGAUCAGUUUGUUCACGAGAGGUUAACCGACGAGAGAUACCAAGCUGCGGUUAUGGAGCUUGAGCAGCACAUCAAUAGCUCCGGGAACAUAGACAAGAUCACUUCCGUUACUCUCAAGGACGGAACCAAGGUCCGAGCGCCUGACUGUUCGAGGAUCUCUUACGAAGAAGAGCCUAGGCUUAUGCUGCUGAGAGAGUGGAAUCUGUUUGACUCCAUGCUUUGCUCCUCCUACAUCGCUACUAAACUCAAGACCUGGAGUGAUAACGGGAUCAAGAAACUUAAGCUUCUUCUAGCGCGUAUGGGUUUUGCGCUUAUCGAGUGCCAGCAGAAGUUUCCCUACAUGAACAACGAGGUGAAGAGGAAGAUGAAGCAAGAGUUUGAUCGUUUUUUGCCCGAGUAUGGCCUUAAUGAUUUCUACUACAGGAGUUUCUUGCGUCUUCAUGGAUACAGCUCACGGGUCUCUGCAGCUGAUGUUGUCUACGGUAUUACUGCGCUUCUUGAAUCGUUUCUUGGUUCAGGUGGCUCCUCUGCUUCUAAACAGUUUGGAGAAGCUUAUGAUGCUUUGUCAUUGAACAAUCUGGAUAAGCUUCGUUCUGGUAUGCAACAAGCUAUCAAGGUUCAAAGAGCAAUUCUUAGGCAAGGAAGUGCAGCAAUCACCAAAACAGGAUGCAUCCGAAGUGGAAGGAAGUUCAGAUGGGUGAAGGUUGAGGAUUCCAUUGAUGCUAAGUACUUGGGAUAUCCUCAGGCCUUGACCAAGUUCUGCUACUUUCUAAUGGAUGCUUUGAGAGAGAAAGGAGCUAGGAUGAAGCCGAUGCUAUGUGCCUGCGCAUCUCAACAACCAGGGAAGAUACUUGUGGUUGGAGUUUGUGGGAAGCCGAGGCUUGGUGCAGUUAGAGGGAAUGCGUUUGGUAAUGCUUUCAGAAAAGCAGCUCAAGAGAGUAGAGCUGAUUACUUUCACGAGCUUUUCGAGUCUUCAUGGAUCGUCUUGGAUGCUUCUGCGGUUAACUCUUUCAUGAUUAGAUUAACUGAAAAGCUUUGACAUAGAGCUCUCAAAGGUAUCUUUUUGUUAUUCUACUCAAUUGUGUGUUUUUCAUUUUCUAGUAUUCAGUUCUUUUUUAUCUCACAUUGUUUGGAAUUUUACAAGCCUUUAUAAUAGGCAAGAAUCUGUUAUCAAUCAUGUAACUUGUUUAAUCAAAUAACAACGAUAGAGCAUUAUUUGAACUCUUGA